CCUGUAAGUGAGGCAGCCACAGUCAACUUCUCCUUUAAGUGGGCAAUAAAAACCUCCACCGGUUCCUUCGUCGGCCUCACAGUAAAUAACUCUCUUCAACACAGAGCUUCAUCAUGGUGUCCAGUGGAAGACAGAUUCUGGGUUUUGUCCUGGCUAUCAUCGGUUUUUUGGGGAGCAUCGUAAUCUGCGCUCUGCCAACCUGGAAGGUAACAGCCUUCAUUGGUGCCAACAUCGUCACUGCUCAGGUGAUCUGGGAGGGUUUGUGGAUGAACUGUGUGACCCAGAGCACAGGCCAGAUGCAGUGCAAGGUCUACGACUCUCUCCUGGCUUUACCUCAAGACCUUCAGGCCGCCAGAGCACUCGUCAUCAUUGCUAUCAUUGCCGGCUUCUUUGGGAUAAUUCUUGGCAUGGCAGGGGGCAAGUGCACCAACUUUAUUGAGGACGAAACGGAAAAGUGCAAAGUGGCCAUCGCUUCAGGAAUCAUCUUUAUCAUCGCAGGCAUCAUGGUGCUUAUCCCCGUCUGCUGGAGUGCCAACACCAUCAUCCGUGAUUUCUACAACCCCGUCAUGACCAAUGCUCAGAGGAGGGAGCUGGGGGCCUCGCUCUACCUCGGCUGGGCCUCCGCAGGGCUGCUGUUCCUGGGUGGGGGGCUCCUCUGCAGCUCAUGUCCCCCCAGAGUUGAGAAGGAUUACGAUGUGAAGUACGCCAAGGCUCGCUCUGAGCACAGCAGCAAGGCCUACGUUUAGAUCUUCAGCGGGAAGUAGAAUUGGGACAAUCUGUUUAAAAGAAAUAAGAGUUUAUAAAUGUUUCCCCUUCUGUCCCAUGACGUUAUUUCAGCCACAAUGUUUAUAAUGUGGUUGAAGGAAUUUUGCAGGAUGACGGUGUGGCUAUAGCCUGGGUUUUUAUCAUUUUGGCGCAAGUUUUUGUCUUUUGAAAGUUUAGAAUACUUAGUAUUUCUCUAUAUGUGAAUACACACCAGUAUUUACACUUUCACACAAUUUUAUAUUGUUUGUUUGUGAAUAAUUUCACAUGUUCUCUAUUAAAACGUUUUUUUUUUAAACAUCAGCUAUAUAUUAAAGCUGCCUGUGUAUUAAAUGUUUUGUGUCUACCCCUUCUAGAUCCAACUAGACUAUUGAUGAUUAUAUGACUGAUUCACAACAUCUGUCUAAGUUAUGAAUGUGUUGCGAUUUUAUCUCUGUAUUAAUGUAUACCAUUUAAAUCUAAGUCAUUUAUAAGACACAUGAUGUCGAGAUGUGAGCAUGAGAGAGGGUGUUGUUUUUUUUAUUUAUGACAAGUGCCAAAAAAACUUGCUGAGCAGUGGAUCUGGUUUUUCAAGUGUUCAUGACAGGAUCCUUGUAAACAGGUUGUGUGAAAAUGUGUGCUUCCAGGCAAAGAAACAUGAAUAAACAAAGAAACUGAGUCAUA